AUGACGAGGUUGGAGUCUGAAAUUGGCACACUUGAGAGUGAAGAGUCUCAGAUUUCAGCCAAGGAGCAAGUUCUUCGACAGCGUCUGAAAGAAACAGAACGCUCCAUAGAGGACCUGCAGAAGAGUUUGAUGAUCCAGGAUGAAGAUGCCAGCGGCCGCAUGUCAGCCCCCGGCCUGGACCGCAUGGACCCCGAUCCCAACCACCACCUGGACCCGGCCACCCAGUCCCGAGGCUGCCCCCCUGUCCCCGGAGACCACGCCGCACCAAGACCUGCCAUGUUCGCCAUGGAGAUCAAUGUGCAGCACGACCCGCAGACGGGCGAGCAGCGCGUGCUGUCGGCCGGCCGCGUGAACCCGGCGGACGCCGGCUCCCGCGGGGUCAAGGUCUACGACGACGGCCGGAAGGUGGUCUACGAGGUCACGUCCGCCGGGGGGGUGUCCACCACCAACCUGGAGAACGGCUGGAGCUCGGCGCAGGUGGACCAGCUGGUCCAGCGCGCCGCCAGGCCGGCGGUGCACGGGGGCGAGGGCGGGAGGGGUCAGGUGACCGUGACCCCGGCGGAACCGGCCCGGGCCUACGUCUCCCCGGCGGACGUCGACGACCUGUCCCCGCCCUCCUGCGCGCCGCCGUCCAUCCCAUCCAGCCCGCCGGCCCAGGUCAUCCUCCAGAGGGAGACCCGCCUGGGCAUGAUGCCCCCAUCCCCCGCCCCCAUCACAAACCAGCCGGGGUCAUCAGCGUUCCCGGGCCGCGAGCUCAGCUCCCCGCCCCAGGCCAGCGCGGAGAACCCGGUCACCAUGGUGUUCCUCGGCUACCAGGACAUUGAGGACGCCAGCGAGAGCCGGCGGCUGCUGGGCUUCGACGGCGCCGUGAAGGCGGAGGUGGUGCUCAUCGACGAGGACGACGAGAAGUCCCUGAGGGAGAAGACGGUCACCGACAUGUCCGCCGCCGACGGCACCGCCGCCGACCUGGUGUCCGGCCGGCCGGCCACGUCCGAGGCCGUCAGCACCGAACUGUCCUCCGACGGCCGCGAGCCCGACAGCGCGUCCUCGCCCCCGGCCAAUCCGGACGCCAGCGCGGCCCCCCCGCCGCCGCCGCCCGGCCUCACCCCCGCCACAGGCUUCAGACAAACACCAGUGGUUACCAUGACAACAGCUAAUGGAUGUCAAGCCCCCGCUCUAGACAGACAUCCGCACACUGCCAUGGGAUACUUCCUUAGUCUUGAGCUAAGUCUUCACAAGCUGCAAUAA